UUUCUCAGAACCCCUAGAAGUUAGAACAAUUGACAAUCAAAUCUCCGAUCCGGGGAUUGAAAGAAGCGAGUUCACCGCGUCACUCUAAAAACCCUAUCGAUCGAAGGGAGCUCGAGGUAGAAGAUGACGGAGGCGGUGAUAAGGAAGAAGCCGGGAAUGGCGAGCGUGAAGGAUAUGCCGCUGCUUCAGGAUGGUCCGCCGCCGGGGGGGUUCCCUCCGAUCCGGUAUGCUCGCCGGAUUCCGAGCAAAGGCCCCAGUGCCAUGGCCAUUUUCCUCGCCGUAUCUGGUGCUUUUGCGUAUGGAAUGUAUCAGGUUGGACAGGGCAACAAGCACCGCAGGGCGCUGAAGGAGGAGAAAUAUGCUGCCCGCAGAGCAAUACUGCCCAUGCUUCAGGCAGAAGAAGAUGAAAGGUUUGUGAGCGAGUGGAGAAAGUAUCUGGAAUACGAGGCUGAAGUGAUGAAGGAUGUGCCCGGAUGGAAGGUUGGCGAAAGCGUCUACAAUUCUGGUCGUUGGAUGCCCCCAGCAACUGGAGAGCUCCGUCCCGAUGUCUGGUGAUUUCCUAAUUUUUCGAUGUACGGGUUGAUGAUGAUGAUGAUGAAUGCUUUGAAUCAUUGUGGAAUGUUGUUGUUCUGCGGAUAUUAUGUUUUUGUUUAUACAUUUUGUUUUGUAAUAAAGAAUGAUACAGUUCAUGUAUUGCUGGAGCAAUGGCGCUGCCAAGUUUCGUUUUUA